UUGUCAGAGGCGCUUGAGGGAGAACUUCCGGGUAGACCAAUAUGGCGGCGGCCAGAGAGCGGCGUGGUGACUAGUGUAGAGAGUUCGAUCUAUAACGCUUCUUAAUCAUGGCUGGGCUCACGCUGUUCGUCCGCGGACUUCCAGAGAACGCCAGCAAUGAGCGCUUGGAACAGAUUUUUAGUGAGAGCGGCCCGGUCAGACAAAGCUUUGUAGUACGCGAGAAAGGUGCAGAAAAAUGCCGUGGCUUUGGCUAUGUCACUUUCUCCAUGGUGGAGGACGCACAGCGAGCAAUGAAGGAAAUAAAGGAGUAUGAGGGGAGAAAAAUUGAGGUACAAGUGGCUAAAAAAAAGCAAGUGGAGAAGAACAAAAAGACAAAAUGUGAAGAGUCCAGUGAAACUACUAAAGAAGUUAAGAAGCCCAAAGAUGCAAGAGGUGCAUACAAAAAGGCCAGGCUUAUUAUCAGAAACCUAAGCUUUCAGUGCUCAGAAGACGAUCUUAAAAAACAUUUUUCUAAUUUUGGAUCUGUGUUGGAGGUCAACAUACCUAAAAAACCAGAUGGCAAGAUGCGCGGUUUUGCUUUUGUACAGUUGAAGAACAUGUUGGAAGCCAGUAAAGCUCUGAAAGGCACAAACAUGAAGAGUAUUAAAGGUCGGACAGUUGCCGUGGAUUGGGCAGUUGCCAAGGAUAAAUAUACAGCAACACAGGAGGCAGCUUCAGCAGUUACAAAUGAAAAUAGCAAGGUACUAGAGGCUGAACAUAAAGAAGAUGAAGAGGACAAGGAGCAAGAGGAUGACAUGGAAACUGAUGAGGAAUCAGAGCAGAAAUCAGAGCGGAAGCAACCUAAAAACCAAAAAAUGCCUGUGAAGACAUCUAAGGUGUCCAGCAGUGAGGAAGAUGAUGAUGAGGAAGAGGAGGAUGAUCGAAAUGAAACAGAUGAUGAUGAUGAUGAUGACGAUGAUGAUAAUGACGAGGAGGAUAUGUCUACAGACUCUCAAGAGGGUAGUGACAUGGAAGAUGAUAUGGAUUCCGAAGACUCUGAAACAGGAACGCAGAAGAAAGGUAAAAGUAAAGAAAAAAAGAACAACAUUCAGCUGCCAUCUGAUGUUAAUGAGGGUAGAACUUUGUUCAUCAGGAACCUGUCAUUUAACUCUGAAGAAGAAGACCUAGAGGAGAUGUUGUUAAGAUUUGGUAACAUUAAAUAUGUCCGGAUAGUGUUGCACCCAGUCACGGAACAUUCCAAAGGUUGUGCAUUUGUUCAGUUUGUGGAAAAAGAAGCAGCCGAGAAGUGUCUGGCAGCUGCUAAUGACGAAUCUGAGAAUGGUGGUCUGAAACUUGAUGGCAGGAAGCUGCUGAUAAAUCCAGCAGUGAGCAGGGAGGAAGCUGUAAAACUACGGGAAAACAAGGUCAAAAAACCCACAGGAACUAGGAAUCUCUACCUGGCCAGGGAAGGACUUAUCCGAGAAGGGACGAAAGCUGCAGAGGGGCUGAGUGCUGAAGAUCUGGCAAAAAGAGCUCGGUUUGAGGAGAUUAAGCGCCAGAAGUUAAAAAGUCAGAAUAUCUUUGUUUCCAAAACCCGUCUCUGUGUUCACAACAUCCCUAAAUCUGUAGAUGACCAGAAACUGCGUCAGCUAUUCCUUACGUCAUCUGGAGGAGGGCACAGUGUCCGGAUCAAAGAGUGCCGUGUCAUGCGGGACUUAAAAGGUAUGGGUGGAAAGCAUAAAGGUCAGUCUCUCGGGUAUGCCUUUGUUGAAUUUCUAGAGCAUGAACAUGCACUGGCGGCCCUGAGAAAUGUCAACAACAAUCCAGACAUCUUUGGUCCAAAAAAGAGGCCAAUUGUCGAGUUCUCCCUGGAAGAUCUGAAUAAAUUGAAGCUUAAAGAGAGAAGGGCACAGCGCAGCCUGGAGGUGUUAAGGCAGAAACAAGCAAAAGCCCAAGCUUUUUGUGAGGCACCGCAAGUUCAGGGAAAUCCUAAGAAGCAGAAAUCAAGAAAAGAUGAAGCCCACUCUGUCCCUCCACAGCCUUCUGCAUGGUCAAAAACUCCCCAAAAUCUUGGUGUGAAAGGCGGAACCAAAGCGGAAUUCAAACCCAAAGGCACCACAGUUGUUAAGCCAACUACCACAAACAAACGAAAAUCUCCAGAGGGAACACAACCUAGUACUGCUGAUAAUGACACGGCAACAAAAGGAAAGACUUCCACAGCAUCUACUCCAUGGUCUGGGUUCAUUACCAAAGAGGAAGUAGAACAACAGGAACUUCCUGAUGGAAAAAAGAGGAGGAAGGUCCUACCUUUGCCUUCUCAUAAAGGCCCCAAAAUCAGGGCACGGGACAAAGGAAAGGUUCAGCAGCUUCCCCCAAAGAAACCCAAAAUGCAGACAAAGAUCCAGAAAGAGAAGCAGCAAAAUGUGAUUACUAAACAGGUUCUGGGAAAGAAAAAGCUGGCCCAAAAAAGCCGUGAAGAAGCACGGUUCAGCCAACUGGUAGAACAGUACAAGCGAAAAAUCAUGGGCAAGCCUGUAGGUGCUGCCCCAGUUAAAAGGAGCAAGUGGUUUGAGGACUGAUUUAGAUUUUUUUCUCACUGAAGCAUUGGAAAUUCCCACAAUAAUAUAUUUGCUUGGUUCUUUGCUCCUGAAUUCAUGUGAGUGCAAAAUGAGUCUGCACACACAACCACUGAAGGCAAACGUUGUACUUUUUAGUAUGUAAUGAAUAUAUUCUGCGCAACAUAGCUGAUGAGAAGGGAUUUACACCAGUAACUAAGGAAACACCUAUAAGCAUGAAACAAACAGCAGCUUUUAAAAUAAGUGUUUGAAGAACUGUUAAUAUCAGUGGAUGGGAUGUUAAAUUUGUAAAUUUUAUGGAGUUUUAUAUGGUAUUGUUUUGCUUCAUUGAAUAAAAAAAUCUUUGCUCCUGGACCACUCCAGGCUGUCUCCAUACCUGACUGUGGCCUGCCAACUAUAUGCUGACUUAUCAGGUUUUGUAUACUUUAGCAAAGUGACUCAUGCCUUGAGUGUUGCUAUCCAAUGAGUAGAUCCUUUGAUCCUUAUGUGGGAAGCCUCUUGCAUGUUUAAAUUGUCUUUUAAACAACCCUAUAUAUUGUUUUAUAGAUAAUUGUAUUUUAUAUAUUUCUUGUAUGGUCUCCAGUGAAUCCAACAGAAUAUCUGCAGCAUGAAAAUACAACAGACUAGCAACAACUGUGGAUAAAAAAUGUUUGGAGUAAAAUGUUUUCAUGCAACUUU